AUGGUUCAUCUCGCCAAAGUUAAGAAGGACAAUGAGGUCCUCCCCCCUACUCAUGACAUUGUCUCUAUUGAUCCUCCGGAUAUAAAUGACUUCGAUACCAAUGUCUACGGCAGUCACUUUGCCGCUGAUCAUAUGCCUCAGAAUGUAAUGCCAGAGCGAGAGAUGCCCCGCCAGGUUGCCGCUCGGAUGAUCAAGGAUGAGCUGAGUCUGGACGGUAAUCCCAAGCUCAACCUCGCUAGUUUCGUCACAACCUACAUGGAAGAGGAGAUUGAGCAGAUCAUGACCGAAUCUUUCAGCAAGAACUUCAUUGAUUAUGAGGAAUACCCGCACUCCGCCGAGAUCCAGAACCGAUGUGUGAAUAUGAUUGCUAGACUCUUCAAUAUUCCCACUGAUCCCUCCAGUGAUAAUGCCAUGGGUACUUCAACCAUUGGGUCUUCCGAGGCUAUCAUGCUUGGAACACUGGCUAUGAAGAAGCGAUGGCAGAACAAGCGCAAGGCUGAGGGCAAGGACUACAUGCACCCCAACAUUAUCAUGAACAGUGCUGUCCAGGUCUGCUGGGAAAAGGCUGCUCGUUACUUCGAUAUCGAGGAGAAGUACGUCUACUGCACCGACACUCGCUUCGUUCUCGACCCCCAACAGGCAGUCGAUUUGGUGGAUGAGAACACAAUUGGUAUCUGUGCUAUCUUGGGUACCACCUACACCGGUGAAUACGAGGAUGUCAAGGCGAUCAACGAUCUACUGGUGGAGCGUAACAUCGACUGCCCAAUCCACGUUGACGCAGCCAGUGGUGGCUUUGUCGCUCCAUUCAUCCACCCUGAACUUGAAUGGGACUUCCGCCUGGAAAAGGUGGUUUCCAUCAACGUCUCGGGUCACAAGUAUGGUCUGGUCUACCCUGGUGUCGGAUGGGUCAUCUGGCGCUCUCCAGAGUUUUUGCCCCAGGAAUUAGUAUUCAACAUCAACUACCUAGGAGCCGACCAGGCCAGCUUUACUCUGAACUUCUCCAAGGGCGCUUCUCAUGUUAUUGGGCAGUACUAUCAGCUGAUCCGUCUGGGCAAGCACGGCUACCGUGCAAUCAUGACCAACUUGACUCGCAUCAGCGACUAUAUGUCUCAGGAGCUUGAGAAGAUGGGCAUGAUCAUCCUGAGCGAAAAGUGUGGCCGUGGCCUGCCUCUGGUGGCCUUCCGUCUUCCCCCCAACCACGGUCGUGUCUAUGAUGAAUUCGCUGUGGCCCACCAACUACGUGAACGUGGCUGGAUUGUACCUGCGUACACUAUGGCGCCCAAUUGCGAGAAGCUGCAGAUGAUGCGAAUCGUCAUCCGCGAAGACUUCAGCAUGAACCGAUGCGACAGCUUGCUUCAGGACUUCAAACUUGCCAUCGAAACGUUGAAUUCUAUGGACAAGGCCAUGAUUGCCAAGUACAGGACGCAUAUGCAGAGCCACCGCAACCACCCUCGGCACGAGUCGCGCACUCACCCUCACUACAAGGGAGAGAAACACUCACUGCAGGGCAAGACCGGCAAGACACAUGGCGUGUGUUAA